GCGUGUAUCUUCGCUCGAUAUUUGAUUGUCAAAUUUAGGGAAACAUUAGUCUAUUUAUAAAUUUAAUGUUUCGCGUGUAUUUUCAAUAAAACAGACAGUCGCUAUGUUGAGCAAUCUACGUGGCGUCUCGCCUCUAUCCGACGCUAUGUCCGAUAGUACUUUAGAGAGGAAUCGUGCUGAAAAGGCGCUUAUCACUAAAACACCCGCCCAAAGUCAGGUUUUUGGGAACAAAAGCAAUGUUAGUGGGGUGAAGAAUUACUCUGAUAAAAAUGGGAAUGAUGUUACUAAGUCGGUGCAUAAAGGGCGGAAGACAAUUGCGUUUUGGACCCUAGUGUGUUUGCUGUUCAUCCUCGCCAUCGGGAACCUGAUUUUAACAUUCACGAUUCUGGCCGUUUUGAGACUUGGACAAGGCAUGGAAAGCAUGGAGCUCCUGCCAGAGCACAACGCUGUGAAGUUGCUAGGCGACACUGGGCUGGAACACGUGUACAAGCGAGACGGGCUGCUCGAAGGGUUUAGGGACAAGCCUGUUGAAAUCUCGAGCGAAAACGGCACAGUGCGGGUCACAUUGCAGACGAGACUAUCUCGCACAGAAACAAAGUUGUCCGUGAACGCUUCCGGGGUGUUUGUCCGCGGCGUCGGCGCGAUGCGACUUUUGGACCCCGAGUCUGGGGACACUGUGUUCAGUACCGCUGCCCAGGAGAUGAACAUACCGGAUGGCGUCAACAAUUUAAACGCCAAGCAAAUCUCAACCAAACGCAUAUCCUCCCCCACCGACCAGAGCCUACACCUAAAAUCCGACACCUCGGCCCAUCUCCGCGGCUCGGAAGGAACUCACAUGGAGUCUAAGGAACUAGUCUGGUCCGCCGACCAGGACAUCUACCUCAAAUCCAUCAACGGCUCCGUCGUACUUAGCGGCAAAGAAGGCGUUUACGUACCGGUAAGGAACUUACCGAUCGCUUUACCGCUGAAUCGAACAGAACCUAGCACCGGACAGUUCAAAGUCUGUGUGUGCAUGCCACAGGGAAAAUUAUUCCGUAUAGCAGUGCCUAGUGGGCAGAAAGUUACUUGUUCGCAUAUAAAUAUGACGGGGGACUUGAAUCCUUGUAUUUAGAUGUGUAGCUUGUAUUGAUGCCGGACUGGCAUAUUGAUAAAGGAUAAGACUUCAAUACCUAAUGUUGUCAAUAAAACAGUGCAAUAUUUAAAAGCGUAUUACACUAUACGAUUUAAGCGUUCUAUUCUAUUCAAUCCUAAUAGGUAAAUGUCUCCCAUACGGACUUUUCCUAUUGUGUUGCCAUUUUCCAUUAUUUAUCUGGGGUAACAAAAGAAGAAAGUAACAAAAAUGUAUGGAAAUUCAAUUGUAGCAAUACGUAAUGCGUAGGAAUAUAAAAAGCGUGACAGUUUUUUUUUUGCGUGACGUACUAUAUGGACAGCCCCUAAGUUAGGUUAUCCAUACUUCCAUACUAAUAUUAUAGAUGGGAAAGUGUGUGUGUCUGUUAGUUUGUCAGUCUUUCACGGCAAAAUUGGAAAUAUUUGAAGGGAUGGAGAGUGACAUGGGCUACUUUUUGUCUCUUUCUAACGCGAGCGGAAAAACUAGUGGAUUAUAUAAAAUUGUAUAGUGUAAAUAGUGUAAUAGGUUUUUUUUUUACCAUGUAUACGUUUAUCCCUUGAGUGUUCUAGUCAAAUGCAUAAAGUAGGAGUUAGUGAUGUUAGCAAUCAAAAACCUGUUAAGGAUUGAAGGAAUUCGUCAAUUGUAAUGUUUAUAAGUACUAAGAUAUUAUAUAGUCAUGAAAAUCGUUGCGGUUUAUAUGUAAAAAAAAUUGCAUUAAAAAUGAAUAAAUUGCAUUAAAAUUGCUUGAGCUGCAGGCGUCCAUAGGUUAUGGUGACCGCUUUCCAUCAGGCGGACCGUAUACCUGUUUGCCACCGAC